CGAGCAACUUGUUGCAGUCGGGAAUUAUCUCUGUGUGAGUGAAGUGCGCGUUGUGCGGCCGUCCGAGCGAGGCCUUGGUGGUGGUGGUGGCUACAAUUUAUUCUUUUCGUUCGAUCCCCCCGGCACCCCGUUUGCAACCGCCGUCGCACACACGCAAAAAAGGGACAAGGCGCGCCGACGCCGCUAAGAAACGCCGGCGCCUCCGAUCACGACCUGGGACCGUACAAUCGGGAAUUAGCCGCGGAAACGACCGGCCAAGGAGCUAUUGAAGAUGGCCAUGGAGAGCAUCGAAGUUGACCGCUCUCUCUACGACAUCGGGGACUCGGACCUCAAGGAGCUCUGGGCCCAGGAAUCCUUCGAAUCGCCGAUGGUCGACAUGAGCUCCGAGUCGGACUGGUCGACCAUACUAGACAACCCGAUCAUUCUGCACGACCGCAUGAUGUCGGACGCAGUCCAGUCUCCGCGCAUUCAGUCCGAACACUCAUACUCCAUGACGUCCAGCGACGAAGGUCCGGACUCGCCGCUCUCCAUAACGCCGCACAUCAAAAUCGAAGACAUGGACUCCGAGUGUUUUCCUGCGGUUCCCGUGUCCACAGUCACCGGCCAGUCGGACCUGGCCACCACGGGAGGCGUGGUAGUCAAGCAGGAGCCCAUGAGUCCACCGCCGGCGGCCCCGUCGAGCCCGCCUCCCACAACGUCCUCGUCGCCCCGCAAGUCAUCGUCGCGCCUGCUGUCCUCGGCGCUGGCAUCGGCACCCCUGGUGUCCGGCUCGUUACAUGCCUCGCUGGCGUGCGUCGCCUCGGCAGCGGCGACGGCCACGGCGGCCACACAUCUUCACCACCACCAUCAACAGCAGCAACAGCAGCAGCAGCAGCAGCAACAGAGCCUGCUCAAGCAGCCCACCAUCGUGUUGGCCGCUGCGCGGCAUGAGCGCCACAUGGUGUACCCAAAGGUCAAGCUGGAACCACCUUCCGGCUUCAUGCUCCCGCCUACGCCGCCGUCUAGCCACAGCAGCGACUCGGACGGGAGCCUGUCCCCGGUGCACAGCACAGACAACCGCUCACCCACCAGUUUCACAGUGGCGGCCGGAGGAGCCAAUUCCGACGCCGCGACACCGUCACCUCAGGGCACGUCAUCGGGCCACGGCCCGUCCCACCCCGCCGCGUCGUCAUCGUCCUCCAUGAGCCGCCGCAGCCAGUCACAUUCGCGCGUGGCCGUGACGUCAUCGUCAUCUUCAUCGUCCUCCUCUUCUUCCUCAUCUUCGUCGCGCGGUUCGGCGAGCGGCGGAAGUCAGCUCAUCAGCAACCAGGCAAAGGGUGCCACGGGUGUUUUAAUACUGACAGACGAAGAGAAGAGGACACUGCUGGCAGAAGGCUACCCCAUCCCCCAGCGGUUACCCCUCACAAAGGCGGAAGAGCGCUCGCUCAAGAAGAUACGACGAAAAAUAAAAAACAAGAUAUCUGCUCAAGAAAGCCGAAGGAAGAAGAAAGAGUACAUGGACUCUUUAGAAAAGAGGGUGGAGACGUUAUUAAGUGAGAACCAAGAGUACAAGAAAAAGGUUGAUGUCUUAGAGAGCAGCAACAGGUCACUGCUGUCACAGUUACAACGGCUCCAGGUAUUACUUGGGAACCAGACAGUAAAGUCAGAGAACCGAUCGGCAGCGUCCCGGUCAUCGACAGUCCAAAUGGACUUCGAGACCGACGACGAGCCGGUGGACAUAAUUUAACUCUCACAGUCGCCCCAGCCGUCAACUUCUGUUCUCCGCCGUGAACCGCUGGAAUCCAAGCCAAGCCAUUGUGAGAGUGCGACACACCUUCUUCAUGAAUGAUGUGUUUGGACGCUAGGUUUUUUUUUUUUUCGCGGCUUUCGUGCUGGAACCAGCGGUGACGUACCAAGUGCCUUUCGUCGGAGAAGAGCCUUCCUACGCCGGCUACACUUCGCGUAGGGACUGUUUCUUUUCAUCCACACAUCGCUCGGGUUUAUUGCAAUUUGUUUUACCGUUCCGUGUACAUUUUUCUCCUGUUUAUUUCCUACGGUGUCUCGAUGUUUCUAUGGAGGCCGCCAACCUCGCUAAUCUGGCUGCGCUAGUUUUGCGUAUAGAGCUCUUGUCGGCUGCGAACUAUGUUCGUGCACGACACCAGACGACAUGCAUGGACACGUCAACAGACGACGUGUACCAAAUGCGAGCAGAUGGUGUGCACUACAGCAAACGACACGCAUGGGCACGUCGACAGACGAAGUGUACGAAGUGCGAGCAGACGAUGUUUACCAUGAGCUAUCAGACGACACCGCUCGCGGAACCGUUUCUGCUUGUUGUAGCAGACGAAAAAAAAAAACCCAGGCAGUGCCAAAACAAAGAUGAGAACAGAGCAGCGAAGUUAUUUCUUUUCUUGUCACAGUCUCUCGCUAUCAGUUACCAUUUUUUUUACAAUUCCCUCAAGUUACCAACAUUUUCCUUCAGCGCUCAAGCGACACCUAUGUUUAGAGGAAACUUCUCGAUGAACGUUGGUUGAAAACGUCUCGUGGAGGUUAUACAGUCCACGUGUUUAAUUUUUUUUUUUUUUUGCAAAGCCGUUGCCUUGAUGGCAAUAUUUCGUGGAAUGCAUUCCUUUUGUUUUUACUUCAUGCGCGACACCCCCAUCAAGGCAACAGUGUGGAUCAUUUUCAAUAUAUAUUGUUUUCUUUGUAAAUAGCUGCAUACGCCCUCAUUGUUGCUAAGAACGCUAAAAGUAGUAAAGACGACCACCAAAGUUAUCAUCGGCGUUCUAUUGCAAGAUGAUUGACGCCCCUUCCUGCAAAUGUGCCUUUUUUCUCAUUUUUUCUCGUUAUCUUGUACCUAAAUUGUCAUUGCGAGUGUUUCACUUUUUUAUGUUUUGUGCAAUAGCUCGUAGAGCUAAAUGAGACAUUCUGAAUAUUAUCGAUGCCUCUUAUUUUGAACAUUUCAUGUUCACCUUCCGGCAUUAUGUGUUAUACUGUACUUUGUUUUUCCUUCCUUAUGUCGCGAUCAUAAAUGUUCAGCUUUUUUGUUAAUGUUCUGGAUUUUUUAGGGUUUUGGGAACACUUUUUUCUUCUUUCACGUCGUUGCUUGACUCUUUCUGUUCUCUUUACUUAUGGCGAUUAUUUUUAUUUCUCGGAGCUCACAUUCCCGAUUUUACGAUUUUUUUAUUGCGUGUCGAAAACAUGCAGUAGGGUCCCCACAUCUCCUUUGAGAUGGCUGACUCCCGAAAAGCUAGUUCAAUCAAAUUCACAUUUCUUUUUAAGACCGGCUCAUCGAAGGAACAGUUCUCCAGAGCAGCUCAACAACGAAAUCCUCAUGUCACACAUGCUCCCUUAACGCAGCAAAACCCCGCGCAGCGGUAGGGGGCGAAGCAUUUGUGCUCAAGUUAUUAUUCCCUCUCUUGUAAAAAUUCGGCAUUAGGUUUCUGGCGAUGGCCUCCAAAGAAGAGCAUUUCUCGAAACGAAUAUUUUGCUUCCACUAGCCUCGGCCAAGUCGCUUGUUCUGGACCUUUUAAACUGUACUUUCCGGGAUAUGGCAAUUCUUCUCGUGAAGUUACCCAUUUAGAUAGUACCUUUACUUGUUCACACGUGAUGACGAUAAGGUUUGCUGACGAGAGCACGUUCUGCCAUGAUAUGCUGCAGCACUUUUCAAGAAACAAGAGAGGAACGGGAUACUUUUUUCGACUAGUCCAUAGCGCACAAAAAGAGAGAAUCAUUAUCAAAUAUCACUUAUAUCACACACAUGUGUUACUCUUCAACCUUGUUCUUUUUUUAUUUCUGUGUGUUCAUAGAUUCCUUUAAUCGCGCAUUAUUACGAUGGAAUGUUGCAAUAGAUGAGAUCGUGUUGUUUCUCCCAGAGGACGCGUAUGCGUGUGGCAAAGAUCAUUUCGACGUGGGCUCACAUUUUUUACAUGGCAUUCGCACUUUUUUCACUUACUAUUCUCUCCGUAUACCUUUUUUUUUGCGAGAUUUCUCUAGCUACGAAAGAGUGGACGCGAACUCGUUUCUGUUUGCGCAUGCGCUGUAUGAUGUGCGAGGUGUUGAAGACAACAAGUGACGCUAACGUCAGCCAACAGGCUUCCAUCGGAACAUUUGUGUUCAGAAACGCGAACAUUGCGUUCUGCAAAGAUGGCGGAGUUGUUCGUCCCACCACUUCGAAAGAUAUCUCCCAGAGGCAUCUAUGAGAUUUUGGUGCACGUGAGAAUGUGAACUCCACCGGGAAAAUCUCAACAAGGCAUACAAAAAAAUGUCCUGUGAAGUUCUGUGUGCUUCACGAGGUCGCAUCGUGCUCAACUUUAAGGAUCAAAUGCCUCAUCAUUUGAAAGAAAAAAUACCAAAAAAAUGUUAGUGCUUGUAGUAUUUAUAAUUUCGUAUAAAAAAUAGACUGGCAGCUAUUUAACGAUCACACAUCAGUCGUCACAUAUUGUGGCCAGUGUAUUAUAUAGGCUGCUCACAAAUAAUUUAUUGUCAUCGAGCGAAGAACAUUGUAACAUUGGUUUUCACUCCGUUAGCGUCGCUUGGUGCCUUCACUGUAAUGAAGUCGUAUGGUGAUUUUCAUUUUCUGUCGAUUAUCGGGCAAAUCGAUUUCUUUGUUUGAGUGAUUGCGGUAUAUAUUGUGAGUCAUUCGUGAAUGUGCCCUUCACAGUUGAACUUCUUUGUCAAAACCGCCAUCUGUAUCGAAAUUUGUUUCAUAGUGUAGCUAGGUUUCAUACGUUCCUUCGAAGUAUGCAUCGUGAUUAGGGAAAUUUAACAAUAUGCGAACACUGUCGAUUUCGAAAAGAUGUCUCCAUAUGUACGCUACUGAUUAUGGCUUGAACUAUACCUUCGUGAAACCGUGACAUUCGAUUUUGUAUCACAAGCGCGUACGCACAGAACGGCCAUUGUCAUUUCUCGUUACAUCAUUUGCAUCCAUAUGAAUCUGUUACUCAUUCCGUAUAUAAAUUCUUAUUCUAAUACAGGAAGUUUGGAUGUCGAGAGGCGAGAUCAAAAAUGUUUGACUGGGCUUGAAAAAAUUUGCGUCCGCUACAUACAGUGAAUGCCUCGAUGAAAUCGCCAGCACUUCUGUACAUAGAAUAGCAACUGCAGCCAUUUAUCGAUAGUACAUCCUUGACACCUAUACGAGUCUGCUAAUCACCCAUACAUAAGAUCUUAUUCCAAUAUCGGAAGUUUGGUGGUUGAGAGGCGAGAUCAGAAAUGUUUGUUUUGGCUUGGAAAAAGCUUUGUGCACUACGUACACUGGAUGCUUUGAUGAAAGUGCCAUCACAUCUGUAAGAUCUCGCAUAGUCCAGCAAUUCCAUACUCUCCGUAAGACUCCCUCGAAUGGUCUUCAAAAUUUGAUAUAUCAGUUUACUACGUCAUUGUCCUCAUUUAUUCUCCACAUCAUUAAGAGCAUGAAAUAUUUUUUUUAAAUGGUAGUGAUUUGUUAAACAUUGGCUUAGCAAAGUAACUAUGUCCGUUGUCGUGUCAGCCUAUAGGAUUCUCGAAAUAGUUUGGAGGUUAUCAUGUCCACUGAAGGUGAGCAUGCUCGUGAAAGCGUCUAACGCUCAUUGUUGACAAUGCACGGGAAGUGUGACCUUGCUAUUGGAAAAUUUUGCGUUAUUAUCAAAUACCGUUUCAGCCAAGGUUAACAAAAAAAACGAUUGUUUGUGGCUAUGAAGUACUUCCAUUCAUUUUUUCUCCAAGUGGGUCCAUUCGUGUUAAGCUUUUUUUUUGCUUUGGUCGGCUAGUCGUUGCGAUUGAUAUAUCGUUCUGAAUUUCACCAAGAAAAAGAAUAUUUUAACAAUUCAGUAAAAUUGCUCCUGCCUCCAACAUCUUCCAGGCUCUCUUUCGUAAAAUGUAAUCAUUUGUUCCAAACCAUGAGACCUGUUUAUUGCUUUUUAUCAAAUUCAUUGCAAAAUGCAUCCUGGCUUUCUUUCCUUUUUUUUUAUUUCUUACCCUCUUUUUGUCGUUAACACCAGGCGGUACGACUGUAGCGACUACGUUGGUGACGUCGUUUUAGGAAUUCCCUGCGCGUUCCUAAUUUUCGUACCUUUUAUUUGCUCAUCAAGUCCGGCGCCACGUGCAAUUAUGUGACAACCUACACCUGCUUUGUAGCAUUUCUCUUCUGACUGUUUCAUUCGCACGCUCCCUUCGUGCAAAUCACGUUUGAACUACACAGGAUAAUCCGCUGCGAUUUCGAUCCGGCGCUAUUGUUUGUGAAAGUAUCUAAGAUUAUAUUUAUACCUCGUGAGAAUUCUGAAGCUCAGUAGCCGUUAUGCAACGGCGGCUUGAAAAAUUUCCCAGUUAACAACGUUUCGGAUCGUUCAGAAUCGUCACACUGUGAUUAUCGCGUUGAUACGACACGGAUAAUGUUUUCAUUAUAGUUGUUGACCACAAAUCUGAAACCACUGAAUCGCACUUAAAAUGUUAACACAAGGAAAUUGUUGUAAUCGUAAUUUCAAGCUCUUGUCGUCAGCAUCGACAGAACCUGUGAUCAGAGCGCGUUGUUAUAUGAAAUCUUUGGCGACGAACCUCUAGAAAGACAUACAUAGGACUUCUUAUUCUUCUGAUACUGUGGUUUCACUCUCGAAUAACAGCCCAUAAAAUUUGCUAGUCUCGAAAGUGACAUUUUUUGCUAGAUGCGCUCCUCGACAGCACUUUGACAUAUUCCUCUAUUUCUUUUACAUGCACACACAUCUCUCUUUCUCUCUCUCAAUGUUAAUUGCUCACUUCUACGAGUUUCAUAAGACUCGUUUCCGUACGGGCAGGCUUAUGCAAUCGUGUGGCCAUGCAUAUUUAGAAGGGUAGUUAAUCGUGGUGUUCAUGGUGACACACCUUUUUACGUUUCCUUUAUCUCGCAAGUGCAAUGUUUUUGUUUUUUCCGGAUUUUGUGCAAAUCGUGCAUUUGAUGCACGCAUUACUCAGCGAAAUACGCUGCUUUGUCGAAACAAGUGCCUUUCAGACUUUCGGAAUUUGAAAAAAAAAUGUACCGAAACGGGUGUAAAUUGUGUAAACUACGAACCUCUGCGAUUUAAAAAAUUGACAAGCAACGUAUGUUUAAUGCAACACAACUGAACACUAGUUGCUCCAGACACCUUGCAGUCACGAGUCCAACCAGAAUUUUUUGCCUUGAAGGAAAUACAAAAUUUUAAAGUGUUAAUAAAAUGUUACUUUGGUGGUGUCAUCUCUGUUAAACUCAGUAAGUUGUCAGCUUUUGCUGACUUGGGGAUGCUUAAAAAGUCUCGAAAGUGGCAAUCCUGUUCCAAGUCAUGAUCAAAUUUGCUAAAGUACCUUCAUAAAAAAUUCUUUCGCGCCACUUCAGUGUCGGCACUGUUUCCGAAUGCAUGAAGUGUUAAUUUCAGCAUUUCGAGAAAAAAUUACAUUUUCAAAGACGUACCGCCGAUUCUUUCCCAUAUUGAUAAAACUGCUGAAGCCUGAGCCGUAGUUUGUAGCAUUGCUUAUAUUGUUGCGAGUAGGAAGGAUUUCUCUCAGUAGUGGGCUGUCAGUCAGUGUGAGAGCUAAAGCUGACACUCCUAGAGCGAGCUUGCAUUGUAAGCUUAGAAAUUGUAAGGUCUUUAAACUUGUGUAGCUUACACUUAGAGGGUGUAAGAUUAGAGAGCUUACACUCUCCAAAGAUCACGAACUCGCUACAAAAGCCUGAUAUAUUAGAACUGUAUUCUAAUAUAGCAUUGUCACUACGUUAUUAAAUUCUUGAUGAUAACCGCAGACUUCAGAGAGUCACUUCGCUUGAGUCUGACUGUUUUGUUUCUUUAUAUCACAAGGUUGCUUAUUCCGGAUUUGCUUUUCAAGAUAGGUGGCAGAUUCACAUGGCAUGAUUCUGUAGAAAGAAUGAAGUGUCAGUUAUUCUGGAGAGUCUGAGAACACACUGAAAUGCAGCUGAAGAGUGACUUUUGUCAAAGGGGUCUGGUCGGUAGCUUCGCGCCGUUAGACUUCAGCAACAACAUUCUUUCAACUGUGGCAUAUUUGAAUUAACAUUACUUCAAACUCUAUUAAGUGAACAACGAAUGAAAUCACAACGUACCUAAUGAACGACAUUGUCAUAGGUACCUUUCAUAUCAUUUGAUGUCUCAGCGCCGAUGACUUUGACAACAAGGCUUUGGCAAGUUGCUUUGCACUACAUCAGCGCAUCGACUUAUCUAGGAACAAUCGCGAUAACUCUGUGCUUCCCUUGUCUCAUCUCAUUGACCAGCCUGUCGUUUGAUAUUUAUUGUGACGACCCGUCAUUAGACAUAGCCCGGGAAUACAGUAGAAACUUCCAAAACAUAUUCAAAAUUUUCGUUAUUCAUUGAAAUUCUCAGUCCUGUUGAGUAAACGUAGAUACCUAGCUGGCACAUUGUAGCAGCUGUUGCUUUGCACCGUAAAACCCAACGUAACUAGCCAUGACGUACGAAAACAUGCACUUGGUUAAAAAUGCACUUCACUUAAAUGCUGUACCAUAGUUCGGGUUACUCCCCUAUAAAUGGACAUAUAUUUAUUAUCACUAUUGCGAUAUGAGGUCAAUGUACUUACGUCUUAUGCACUUCAAUGCAGUUUUCGCUCUCUGAUAGUACAUUUGAAACGAUAGCAUUUACAGACCUCGUCGUCUUGGUGAUCUCGAUGGUGCCUUGGUGACUUCCCAUGCGCAUGUAAAAAAAGAGGCGGAAAAUUUAUAGCCUGCAUAUUUUCUCUAACAUUUAGACGGGACAUUUUUUUACGAAGACGGAGGACAAUUUCUGUGCAAUCUUUUUAAUCGCCGAUCCGUAUAUCUAUUCUGAACGAAAAUGUCUCCGCGUCACCUUUUAUCUCACAGCUUUGACUCAGUGACCGCUCAUGUAUGUCGCGCAUGUUUAUUAUGAACAUCCUAAACUCUCGGCCCCGAAGUUCCCUGUAAAACUCGAACGACUGAAGCAGAAAUUUCGCGCGCCUUAAGAUUCCGCAAGAACUUCGCAUGCAUGUUGCUUUUUCUGCACGCCAGCAUCCCCUAAGAACAAAGGGAGUUCUGGCUACACCUCGCUACAGGUGUUUGGUGUUUGCCUCCUGUUUGCCUCCCUCUUGCUGCAGUUUCCGUGCUUCUCCUGGUGAUCUGCGUUCACCUUGCGCAUGCUCAACAAACCCUCGCAGAGCUUACGGAAGUGAUGCAGUAUUCUGGAUCAGUUCGUGUUGUCGUGUGUAGACUCUGUAUGGGGAUGCAAUGAAAUAUCGUCCGCAGUAUUAGCAAGGGUAGAAAAUAUAGUUGAUUGGUGGACGAGGGUGUGUUUCAAUCAGCAAAAUGAGUCGCCAGCACUUCUUUCUGUUGUUACAGUGCACUAUCUACCUCCAACGUUAGGCUUGCAAUUAACACUUGACCCUUAGUUACCAGGUUACGGGUUCAGCUAACGAGCAGUACAGGUCUAAUUAUAGAUUUAUAGGAGUCGCCUGCGAAGGGCAACUGCAAGUGAAGUUUGAGUUUCGCUAAAUUGGUUGUAAAUUAAACGCAGCUUUUAUUCCGUCUUUCUCACCACACCUUAUACAAGCACUGUACUUGCUGUGGUAAGUAAACUUAAACUCAAAUUAAUAUGAGGUCUCUCUCGAACAGUCUCGGCGAAGCAUGCGUGACUGGUGAUUAUCUAUUUUCCUUUAACAACAAACUUUAAACAGAACCUCAAGAGGUCAUGAGACCGCUUUGUAGUGGGUUGACAUGACAGUAAUCCUGCAAAUAGCCUCGGAGAUUCCCAACACUCCACGCUAGUUUUAGGAUCACAGAGACCGUGCCGUGGCACCUCGCUGGCUCUCAACUUUCCGAAAAAGAGAGCUAGUUGGAGAAUAAACUUUGUUAAAAAGACGUGCGCCCAGGAUUUCUAGUUGUCGAUCAUUUUAGGCAUCCUGUAAUCGAACUGUUUCCUACGGCUUUCGUAUUUCAAUAUUCAUGCUCUUUCCGAGGCUUUUUGUGCUGUAUCAAAGAAUAUUUCGACCUCGAAACUUUGCACUGAGGCUGCCUAUAUCGACGCCUGUCUGAGACUAAGAGAUCUAUUCUGGUCAUUGUCGGAUUCCGCCAUGUUGGCAAAUCCGCCAUCUUGUCAGCUCCGAUUGGUUCAGAGGGUUGCUACGGCAUCUAUGAAUGGCUCACAGAAUUCGCCAAUAUGGCGGAAUUCGACAGUGUCCAGUAGGCACCCUAGGCGUUCUAUGCUAUCAAAAAACUUCAUUGCAGUUGGCCUUCGAAUGGACUAGUGAUUAUAAUUAUCUAUAACUAUACCCCGGUGCCAUGUGCAGUACAUGACAACAGCUAAUCAGCUGAGUACAGAAAACGUUGCUGUUGCCUUCAGAGUGCUUAAAUAGCUUGUAGCCAGCUUAUCUUACAGCCUUCAUCGCAACAUUCUGCACAUUCUCAUGUAGUCGAGACUGCGAAAGGAAGCUAGAAUGAGCGAACUAGCAUACUGUACAGGCGAGCCUUUUCUAAGCUCCGUAAUGACGUCGGGUUUUGUACAGAUUUCUGCAAAUGUUAUCGCCGACGUACUUUCUAGAUUGCAUUAUAUGAUAGCAUAGAGAAACGUGUACAUACGGUUAUAAUGUUUCUUUUUCCGUCAUGCCUAUAACACCGUUGGGAUAGAUGUAUUAUCUGUAUAGAUAUUAAACAGAGUUGUAUCCGUAUCAUGACGUAUAAUAGAGAAAAAAAAAACGAUAUACAUUAUGUGCUAGCGUCGUGCAACAUAUCAAACUUUACAACAUAGCUUUUUGAAGCUGUAUACAGAAAGCUCAUUGUACAGGUGGUUGUUUUCUCGAAGAAAGAAGUUUGCUGCUCUAUUUUAACUAGCUUUUGUCUUUAGUUCGUAGUUCUAGGGCUUCCCGCUUGUGGCACUAGUUCUGUAACACUCGGAAGAGUUAAGCACUGCGCUGUAGUUUUUUUACGCUCCCAGAAGCUCGGCUGGCUCAGCCAUGGCUCCUUGUGAGCUCUGAAACGUUGUGUGUACAGGCAGUUGCCCGCCCACCUCGAAUUUUAUCACUGUAACGACGAGUCGUGGACAUUGAUAUAACUUCGUGUCUUAUUUAUUCUUUAUUUUUCGCUCGAAAUCCUCGAUGCGUAUAUUGAAAUCCCUGGAGCAAUCUUUAGCCUCGUUAUUACAGUUAUUUUUUCCAAAUGUCUCGCAUAGGAAUGGUUAGAAUUGUAGACAGGGCACAUUUCUACAGGGCCAGUUGUAUUGGUGGCUGACUCUAACUGCUUCGGUGUAUUAUGCAAGCGCGCUUUCUAAUGUCUUAGAUGCAAUUACAGAGCUACUUUUAGUGCUCUUACAGGCAACGUCAUUGUUAUAUCGACAGUAAAACGUAUUAUUGAACCGCCAUUGUUGUUCAACCCUCGUGAACUCGCGUCUACAGAUCGUAGCUAGUCUUCUCUCGCUUUGGGCCUUCACACCGUACCUGUAUACGACGUCACAGUCCAGUCGCUCUGACCUUUUUUGCAGCUGAGUGUUUCAUAAACUGUAGUGGAGACUUUAUUGUAAAUGGUAAUUUAGAAGGUCAUUAGUUAAAACAUGGCCAUUUUGAGGAAGCCUAGCUCGGGAGAGCCUAGCCCAAGUUUCGUUUUAAUUGCUGUUAAAACGAUUGCACGUUUUGGGAAGUUUCUUUUGUCUCACAACGGCGAUCGUCAUCUGACUUUCUUGCGUUUUCCUUCUUGAAGACUCUGCUCAUAUUUCUAUCAAGAAUGCUUUUUCAUGUCAGAAUGCAAGCUGUUGGUGACCUCAGGGGGCUGGGCGCAAUACUCAUGACUAUUGUUGUGGGACAAAAAAUACACCCAAUAUGGGGCAAUUUUAGAGUGUAUUCGAAUACGUACGAAUCGUAAAAGCAAUUUUAUGAGACAACAGCCGGAAUAAUUUGCUGUUCAGAGAUACUGUACAAAUCUAGGGGCUCUAGGAAGCAGAAUUCACAUGUGAACCCCGGCCUGAAAUAUUUUUCUAAUUCUCAAAAACCCGUAAGUUCCAAAAAAAAUAAAGCACGAAGCUUGCAAGCCCGAAACUGCGCCGAAAAGAAAUCUUGUAGACCGGCAUCCGUUGCAGUUACUAAAGCAAUCAAACUUUCGCAUGGAUUUAUGUGAAAUUGUUUAAAUGCUUACGAGGACGUAGCAGAAGUGUAAUUGAGAAAUUAGUGGUAUAAAUAGAACGCCGUAUAAAACAUCAAUGAAUACCUUUGUCUUCUUUAGAUGAAUCAUUAGGUGCAGUUUGCAAAAUUUAAUAUCGUUUUUUUUUAUCGCCGAGUUGGAUUUGCUAACUUUAAAUGAACUAUUUUUGCAUCGCUACUUCCAAACAUAUUUCGUUUUAAAAAAUGAUGGGCUCAAUUAAAACAUUAGUAUUCCUAGAAUCCCUAGACGUUAAGUGUUUCUUUUAAAUAGAACUUCGUCAAAUUUAGCGAAAUUUCAAUAAAACUUCCUCUCGGGCUAGUUGGUGUUGCAUCCCAGACGUCCUCUGUGCACUGUCUUCUUCUCUUCUCAGCCAGUUCGUUCUUUUUCUUCCUGUUUGCGCUAAAAAAAAUAUGACGUCUGGGUUAGCGAAAUUUGAUUGCUGCAAAAAAAAUUUGUAGAUCCCGUGUACUUAGAAGCUCCCGAGUUAAAGUUACCUCUUUGGAAGGAAAAAAGAAGAGUGUAUUUUACGAAAAAAUAAAAGCAGUUUACAUCGAAGACACACGAAAUCACGACGCCUUUAAUACGAGGCCAUUGUUUUCACGGUGCUCUUUUUCACACACUUUUAAACGCGCCUAUAACUUCUGUUUUAUUUUCAUAGUGCUCUAUUUUUGUACUUUCGCAUCAUACAACACGAUGACACGUAACAGCUGUGAACGCAUGCUCUUAACUUGCAACAAGAACCCGUCUGGACACCCAUUAAGAGAAGCUUGCAUCUCAUUUAUUUUAUAUUUUUUGUUAAAUACGGAAAAUGAAUACUUGUUGGCGUUUUCAGUCUUUUACCAUGAUUUCACGCUUCAGGUACUUAUUGUCUGAAGCUCGACGAUGGCGUUCUAAUGUAUUUUUAGUAAGUCGUGAAUUCACGACAAUGUUUUGAAGCCAUUUACGAACCAGAACUGAACGGGAUGCCUACAAAGUCGCCAUGCGUUUCUGUAAAUAGUUCGUUUCAUUUCUUGUUGCUAGACGGCGCUGUCGGUUUGCAUUUUUAUUCGCUGGGCACUUAUGCAAUGUGUUGCAUACGCCACUGGUAGCCAGUAGAUCUGGUGUGCUUUGCUGGUCGCUUUUGUCUAGUGAAACAAAAAUACAGAUAUAUUUUAAAUUUAAGAAGCUCCGUAUUCUUCGCAGCCGAGUUCUCCAGACGGAGCAUGUCUAUGGGACAUAUGGUAAUUGCGCUCAGGGAUACACUUGCUGGUUUAUUUAGAAAUGUGGAGCUCAAGAGAUAUUUCUAUCAGCACUGUGCAGAAUAAAUUGGUAAUGCUUAUUGAAGCCAGUGUUAGUUGGACCACCUUGCGCAGGAUAUGAUCAAUUGGACAUCACUGGGAGAGGCUUUCGUCCUGCAGUGAACGUAAAGACGACGAUGAUUAUGAGUCACAGUCUGGUGUCCAUCGUCUACCAGUGACGUGAACACCUUGACGCUUCGGCAAAAGACAAACUUCACAGAACAUGUCGAAAUUUUGAAGUGUUGUCGGACAAUGCUUGUGUUAAAGAACUCCGCUGCGAGAGUGGCACAUGGGCUGUGAAAAGUGCCGUGGACAGCUACUCUCUGGUGCCUUCUUUCCAAAAAGUUGGCGCAUAAAUUCCGUUGCCCAUUCAGCUGCCCAUUCAGAUGCAGCCGAAUAUAAUGCCCGACUGUUGCUCGCGUUGUUUUUUUUUUAUUCUCAGCGCGUUUUCUGACAGCGAACUCUGCUGUCUUUGCAUUAAUUUGUGCGUUGUCAUCGUACCGACUAAUCUUGUCUGGGAAAGCAGGUUGCGCGCCAUGUUGUGCUUUCCUCAAUCGUUAAACACGAGCCUACACAUGCCCCGUCAUGCCAUUGCGAGUCAUCGAUUUUACAUGUCACUUGAGUGUAUGUGUAUGUAUGUACGAAUAUAUGCAUGAGUGUCUUGGUGUGUGUGACAGUGAGUGCAUUUUGAUGCAAAUGAGAGUGUGUUGACCAAUUCUCUAUUACCUCUUUGGGGGACCAGCUUUUUUUUCUUUCUUCUCAUAUAUCUUGUUGCCAUUGCAUCGACAGAGCGUUUAUGUUUCCUAUAGACGCGUUUGUUUCUCCGUUUUAUUAUUAUUCUUUGUUAUGCGCGAACUGUGCACGUUAUUUUUUUCCUCUAUCUCAAGUGGGAUGUGCACAAUUUUUUCCCAAUGUGUGUGCAUGAUGAAAUACAUAAGAAUAUAUAUGAAAUGAUAUGCCCGAA